AUGCUGGCCGACGUCCUCGGCCACGCCGCCGACAUUGCUCGGCGCGCCUCUGAAGAUGCCGACCCGGACGGCGAGGACGCAUCCCAGAAGGAGAUCUACGCCUCGUGGGCCCUCUUCAUCCUCAUCGUGCUGCUCAUAGUAGCUCUGUUCACCAGCUACUUCCUCCAGCAGAGGAAGGUCACUGCCAUCCACGAGACUGUCGCCUCCAUCUUUGCUGGCAUGGUUGUUGGGUUGACACUUCGGGUCGCCGGUGGUGAGAACCUACAGAACCUCGUCAGCUUCGACUACCAGAUCUUCUUCAACCUGCUGCUGCCCCCCAUCAUCCUCUCGUCAGGUUACGAACUACACCAAGCCAACUUCUUCCGGAACAUUGGUACGAUCCUGACAUUUGCGUUCGCCGGCACCUUCCUCUCCGCCUUCACCAUCGGCGUUAUUCUAUGGCUGUACACACGGGUCCCCCUCGAUGGCCUAAACAUGGGUUGGACGGAUGCAAUCGCGGUCGGCGCAACACUAUCUGCUACGGACCCUGUCACCAUUCUCGCCAUCUUCACCUCCUACAAGGUCGAUCCCAAGCUAUACACCAUCAUAUUUGGCGAGGCCAUUCUCAACGACGCCAUUGCGAUCGUCAUCUUCGAGGCCGCUCAAAAGGCAAAGAACGGUGACAAGGAGAUGUCCGGGCUGGCAAGCCUCUUUUAUGGUAUCGGCACUUUCCUGUUCGACUUCUUCGGCAGCUUGGCUAUCGGCGUUGCUGUCGGAAUCGGUGCUGCGCUGUGUCUGAAAUACACAUAUGUCCGGAGAUUCCCCAAGAUUGAGAGCUGUCUGAUAGUCUUGAUCGCCUAUUCGACCUAUUUCUUCUCUCAGGCCAUCAAGAUGUCAGGCAUCGUCUCUUUGCUCUUCUGCGGCAUCACUCUCAAGCACUAUGCCUACUUCAACAUGUCCCGGAGAACCCAGCUUACAACCAAGUACCUGUUCCAGGUCCUUGCGCAGUUGUCAGAAAACUUUAUUUUUAUUUACCUAGGCCUCUCACUUUUCACCGGAGAGGAUCUUGAGUACAAGCCUUUGCUCACCAUUGUCACCGUCUUGGCUGUGUGCGCUGCGAGAUGGGUUGCGGUAUUUCCCUUAUCACGAGCCAUCAAUUGGUUCAUCCGCUACAAGGCCCAGCGCCGAGGAAUCAUGGACCAGCCAGAUGAAUUGCCCUACAACUAUCAGGCAAUGCUAUUUUGGGCUGGACUUCGAGGUGCCGUAGGUGUGGCUUUGGCGGCGCUCAUCACUGGAAAUGACAGAUUUGCACUGAAGGCAACAGUCUUGGUGGUGGUGGUGUUGACGGUGAUCAUCUUCGGAGGCACAACGGCUCGAAUGCUGGAAAUCUUGAAUAUCCGCACGGGUGUGGUGGAAGAGAUCGACUCGGAUGAUGAGUUCGAUAUCGAAGCUAUCGGUGGAGGCAGCUACUAUAAGCGCUCGGGCACAGGGAUUGGAUAUAUACCGCGACGGACGAAUUCGACCUUGUCUUUAGGUCGGGUGGAUGGCAACUCUAACGGGAGGCGCAACGGUAGCAGUGAUCCUCACAGCUGGUCGUCAGGCCACCGAAGCCCGCAUGGAUUCGACCGGCCAGCGAGUAUAAGCCGGAAGGGCUCUAGAGCCAACUUCCCCGACCCUGAACAGUCUGACCUGCUCGGCAGUAACUCUGCCAGCGUCACAGACUCUGACUUGGGCAGCGACGUCGAUAUCUCCGACCUGCCGCCUGCCGCUCCGAAACGACGGGCGAGCCCUGUACCACCGACCAGCGUUCCACCUGGUGAGAGCUCAGCAGCCUCUCAGCCGGUGCUCUCGGGGACACGGGAGAGAGCCGCCACCUUGACCGAAGGGGCCAAAUCAGCAGCAGGCGCUAUUAAGCAGCUACUUACCUCGGAAGAUCCCUCGGCUCUCUUCAGGCAGCUGGAUGAGGACUACAUCAAGCCGCAUCUGUUGCUCGACGACAGCCGAGGAAGAGGGAGUGGCAAUGGAGGCGCGGGGCCGAGCGGCUAG